UAGCAAAUAUAAAGGGAAAAAUAUAUGAACGCAUACUAUCCAAGUAUAUAUUAUAUAUAGAUAAAUACAUAUAUAGAGAGAGAGAGGGAGAGAUGAAAUCAGAUACAAAUGUAAAUACAAUCUGAUCCAGCGAUGCAAUAAUUAGUAUAUAUAAAGUGUAAAACAGCUUAAAAAGGCUGCAGCGCAGCUUAUUCUUUCUUGGCGAUCUCCUCUCUACAGAUAAUAUAGCGCUUUUGCUGUUUUUUGUUUCAAGAAAAAGUUAAGGUUAGCUCUGAUCCGAUCCUGCAAUCAAGAACGCAGUGGCUAGGAAUUGAAGAUGAGUUACUUUAGGGAGUCAAACCAUCAGGAAAGAACAUCAUCGUCUUCCUCGGCGGGGUCGGGGUCGUCCAGGAAGAGCAAGAAGAGCGGUGGUUCAGACAAACCUAAACAGCCGCAAAGAGGGCUUGGGGUUGCUCAGUUAGAGAAGAUUAGAUUGCACUCCCAAAUGGGUUGCACUUUUCUUCCUGAUUCUCUUCACCAUAAUCCUUUCGACAACAACCUUUCCCAGGAGGAUAUGAGAUUGCAGACGGGUUACUCUCCAUCUCCAUCAUUCUCGUACUCCUCGUCGUCUUACGGUUUUCCAGGCCACCAAGGCAUCAUGAUGAGUAUGAGCGAGAUGGAAAGAGCGAAUAUGAGAUAUGGAGAUUCUCAGGCCAGCUCUAAUCCAAGUUGGCAUCCUGGUACAGUCUAUGAGCCCCAACAAUAUGCACAACCCAACAUGACUAGACAUUUCCUCAGCCAACAACUAGAGGACCCGACGGGCAGGAGGGGGACGAGAGACCGGAGCGGUUCAACCGGCUCGGGUGACCAGACCUCUGAUUCCAAGGGCAAUCAAGAACUGGAUUUGGAGCUGAGACUGUCACUCUGAUCUAAUGAUGACCACUCAAUUUAGUAUUGUUUUUCUGGUACUUUAAACUGUACGUACGGAAAUGCACAUCCUCGAAUAGCGACUGCAGAUUUUUUGCGUUGCUCAAAAAUUGUACGGGAAUAUAAUGCAUCUGUCACCUUAUAUUAAAACUUAUUUAAAUGUAGAAAAGAAUAACCUUUUUAAGUUAAAAGUUGGCAAAAAGUAUUGGCAACUUGAAUUGAUGGAAUUCAAUUUGUUAAUUUCAUGGAGAA